AUGAUCUGCCCUGUUGCUGAGCCACUGUGCCACAAGCCGUGGCAGGAAGCAAAAGCUGCAAUUGAAAACAGCUGCCUGGCAGAUCUGGCUAAUCUUGUAGAUUUCCACAGGACCGGCAGUAAUAGAAUACUACCAUCAGGUGGCAGGGAUAGAAUAGAAGGAAUGGGAGUAAGAGGGAAAAAAAGGCAUUUCAGACAGAUAAAAUACUGUGGUUUCUUGAGGGCCAGAGGCAGUGGGCCACGAGGGGCAUCUGGGUCCCACCACCUGAGGCCUCUGUGGGUCCCAAAGCUUACUGUGUCAAAUAAACCCAAACCAACCUUGCCUUCUCAUGUAGCAUCAACAUUACAAGAACCACAUAGUUCUGGAUUUAUGACUUCAGGGCUCAGAGCAACACUGAAGACAAGCAGAAGAAUGUUGGACAUAAGCACCUCAACAGUGACCACUUCACCUUUACAUUGGAGAAGCAGCAUUCCUUCAAAAGGCACAAGAAACUCACAGAAAACAGUGAGCAGCAUGGAAGCCACCAACUCUGCUCCCCACAUAUCAUUUGAAUCAGUUGUACCCAAAGCCACACUGUCCACAUUGAUACCCAAAACCACAGGGAAGAGCACUGUUUCUGCUUCAACGAAUACAUCCAAUUCUACAAAGACUGACACACAAACUGUGACUGAGUUAGAUAGUACCCUCCUGCAAGACACAUCCAUGGCUGUUACUAUGGUGGAGACUAACACACCUGAGAUGAUUUCGACCACAGAGCAUACUCCUAGUCUUCCUGAAGCACCCUUUACUAAUUCUAUUCUUGUAUCCAGAACAGAACCUAUGAACAGCAUUUCCUAUCCAAGCCCUCAUCAGUCAACCAAGCCAGAAGAAACCUCCAGUGAAAUUUCCACUGGACCCCCAAACUCUGUCAUUGGCACUAGUCAGACAGGACAUUUUGUGGGGACCUCAAACUUGGUUUCUUCCCAAGGAACACCAGAAACUUCCUCAGUGCCAGGAAUGCAGUCCACUGUCUCUCAGAGUUAUCCAUUGAUGGAGAAAUCCACUCUUCUCAGCACAAGUUAUGAUACCCCUUCCAAGGCAAAAUUCUCACCACUGGAAGGAAUCAGCUCUGAAUAUUCUUGGGGAACUACAGUCAGAAUGAGCUCUCCAUCACCUGUUAAUUCCACAUCACAAAGGCAUAGUCACUCUUUUACAGUUCCUAUAAACUCACCCGUGCCUAUUACUCAUCAUAAUCCCAAGCAAGGGUGGAAUACCACUUGGAUACAAUCUAGAACACUUGAACAAACAGAUUCAACCACAAAGUAUGAUACUAACCAUACUGAAGUGUCCAGAAAUGUUUCUCUUCUUGACUCGUGGACUAGGGACAUGUCUACUGUGAACACAUCCCUUACAAAGCUACAUGAGUCCACAUCAGAAGAAACUUCCAUUGGAAUCACCAUCAGGACUCCUGGUUCCAGCAUCACCACAAAGUCACAAAUGUUGGCAAAUAGCCACACCGGACACUCUGUGAUGACAACAAACAUGAUGACUUCUGAAGACACAUCAACUUCUGCCUCAAUUAAACACACUAACUCCAGUGGAGGACAUGCAUUUCCUCAUUCAGAACCUAUGGCACCUUCCAACAACGUUGCUUCAGUAACAUUGACAUCUACUCCUUGGGAAGAAUCAAUGUCAACAGAUUUUAUAACAAUGCCACAUGAGUCAAAUUCACCUAUUUCUUCCAUGACAGACAGACACAAAAUAUUACCUACUAGUUCUCUGGCAUCUGGCAUCAAAAUUUCCAAGAAUCUAAUCCCCAAAGACUUGUCCAGAAGCUCGGGACCUGGGACAUCUUCAACUCCGAGCUUGAGUAGCAGUCCUCAGACAGGUUUCAACAGUGCACAAUUAUCCAGGGUCUCACAGAUGACCACUGUUUCUACAGUCAUAAAAGGAAACCACGUGAAAGAUAGGAGUUCAACACCCCAGCUCAAAUACGCCAAAGCUACACCAGUCUCAUCUGGAAAUGAAUAUUUCACAAUAUUUAUGACCAAAUCAGAAGGUACCACAGUUCCAUCACCACAACUAAUUUCCUUUGCAACUGCAGAGAUUAAAAGACAGACAGCUUCCACCUUGAUCUUAGCAUGGAAAAAUGAUAGUAAAUCUGAAGACACUCAUACAACCAAAGGACACAAUACUAGUGAGACUGAUGUGCUCAUUACCCCAUCUCUUCCUGAUUCCCAGACAGCAGGCUUGUUUGAGCCCAGCACAUCCCUCUCAAUGCUACAUCAGUCAAAAUCAAAAGGUACCUCCAUUGGAAUCUCCAUCAGGCUCACCGGAUCUAUAACCACCACAGAAUCAGAAGAGACAACAGCCAGUCAUAGGGGACAUUCUGUAGUGACAUCAAACAUGGGGACUUCCCAAGACACAUCAACCCCUACUUCAAACACAGAGACUCAGCACAGUAGGACACAGACAUUUUCACUUUCAGAAUCCAGGCUUCAUUCCGUCAGUCCUCCACCCCCAUCAUGGACUCAUUCAACUUGGGAAGGGCCCAUGCCUGCCAGUUCAACAAGACCUACACCUGAGGCAUCCUCCCAUUCUCCAGUUCCUGCUACUGUAGACAGAUACAGAACCAGCUCUCCUCUUUCUGUCACCUCUCUCUUCACAGUUGCUAAGGACCCAAUCCCUACCAGAUUAUAUAAAACCUCAGGACCAACGUCUGUUUCAAUACUAAGCCCCAACAGUGCCCAUCUCUCCAAAGUCUUACAGACAACCUCUGUUUCCUCACUCACACAAAAGAACAGCAUGGAAGAUGGGACUCACAUACGUCAUGCCAAACACACCAUCCGACCUACAUCAGCUUCAUGGGAAAAGGAAUCUUUCACAACCAUUAUGCCCACCAUGGAACAUACCAGACUUCCACCUUCACAGCCUAUCUCAUCUGGAAGCACAGACAUUGAGACAGGCACAGCUUCCUCCCCAAAGGCAGCACGGACAGACUUCAGUACAUCUGAAGACAGAAAUUCAACCAUAGAGCACAAUCCUAACCAUAGUGAAUUGCACACUAGCCCUUCUCUUUUUGAGUCUAGGACAGGAGGCCUGUCUGCUGACAGCACAUUCCUGUCAGCUCCCCAUCAGUCUACCUCAGAAGAUACUCCCACUGGAAUCUCCUCCAGUCUCCCUACCUCCUCCAGCAAUAAAGAAUCAAAAGAGAUGACAAGCAGACCCGUGGGACAUUCUCCAGUUAUGGCAGACACUUUGACCUACCCAGGCACAUCCAGCACUACCUCAGUCAAGGACACCCACUCCAGUGGGGUGCAUACAUUUCCACAUGCAGAAUCCAUUGCUCCUUUCAACAGUCCUGCUUCAGCAUCAUGGACAGGUAUUCCUGAGGAAGGAUCCUUGUCUACAGAUUCCACAACACCAGCGUCACUUUCACUGACCCCUGGUACUUCCUUGCCAGACAGACAUGGUCAGUCUCCCGAUUCUGUUGCCACUAUUUUCACGGUUGCCAAGGAUCUGUUUCCCACAGCUUCACACCCAAGUUCAGAUCCCGUGACUACUUACAUUUCGAACUGGAACAUCUCUCAGUCAAGCUCUAACGCUGCACAUGCUUCCCAAACUUCACCAAUAAAUAAAUUUUCUUCGAUCACACCAGGGUCCAAUGUGGAAACUGGCAAAUACACUAUCACACCUACAUCAAUUUCAUCUGAAAAUAAAAUUUUUCCCAUGACCUUCCCCACCACUCAAGUAUCCACUCUUUCACCUACACGGUCAGUAUCAUUUGAAUGUGAAAAUAUUGGGACACAGACAUUUCCCCUCCUGACUAUAUCGACACCAGCAAGUAUUCCUGAGAAGGUGUUCUCAAGCACGAAUUUCAUUAGCAGCCAUUCUGAAGUGCCUUACAGUUCUUCUCAUCCUGUAUCCAGAACAGUAUCCAUGUCACCUGAUAGCACUAUACUUCCAAUGCUUCAACAGUUUACAUCAGAAGAUAUGUCCAGUAGAAUUGUCUCCAAACUUUCUAGCUUUAGCAUCACAGAAUCAGAAGAAAUAUCUACCAGCCAGCUUGGGGAUUCUGAAGUGAGAUCAAAUAUGGGCCUGUCCCUGGAAACAUCACCCAUGUCUUCAGUGUCUGAUGAUCUCAAUAGUUUAGCUCCAGUUCCCCUAGUCACAGAGACGUCCACAUUUCUAAGUCAAAAUCAUGAAGUCCAACCAAUUGCAACUUUUUCAACUCUGAAAGGAAGCCAACCUGCCGAUUCUCCAAGGUAUCUUGAUGGGCCUACCUUAGCUUCCCCUGUUACUCCAAUAAAAGAACACAGCACCCCAUCUCCUAGUUCCAUGAUGUCUGCCUUCACACCUUCUAGGGAAGCAAUCACAACUGGAUUGGAUAUACAUGAUAUGUCUACUUCAUUUCCAAAUUGGAGCAGUAGUACACAUUCAAGCCCAGAGACUUCACAGGUCACCAAAUUCUCAGAGAUAAGCUCUUCUUCCUCUGUAAAACCCAGUAGUUCCAUACCCCAACCCAAAUCCUCUGUCAGUCCUGCAUCAGUUUCAUCUAAAACUGCAUUUUCAACCUUGUUUCAGCACCCACUGGUGGAUACUACAGUUUCUAUUUCAGAGGCUCACACAACUUCUUCCCCAAGCCAAUCACUCCCACAAACUACCAUUCUUGAAGAGACCAGAACUGCCACAACACACAAUACUGUUACUUCUCAGUUGCCCCCUAGCAUGUCUGCUGACCUCUCCAUUUCAGAGACCAUUACAGCUGGCAGACUCUCCACGAGAAUCUCUCCUUUCUCAGCAUCAGAAGACAUCACCACCGGAAGCAUUCUCAGCCACAUUACCUAUCCUAGCACAAAAAAACACAUAGAGUUAACCUCCAUCUUGGAGGCAGAUAAUUCUGGGUCUUUAUUAUAUGGUGCCCUGUCUAGGGACACUACAACCACUGUUUCUGUGGUAAAGUUUUCUUCACCUGAGCCUCAGACAUCUCCAUAUUUAGCAAUGAUAUCUGAAUCCAGGGGUUCUGAGGAACAGUCUUUACUCAAUGACAAACACAUCUCUUCAGAUUCAACAUCAACUGUGACUGAGAAAACCACACCGCCUGUUACUUCUACUUCACAAGUACAAAAUGACACUUCCCUUGGCUUUGUGGCUUCUAUUCAAGAAACAACCUCAACUGGAAAAGAUGAAAAUGUACAUUCUGGGAGCACUUCAAUCCAAGGCCUGGAUACCACAGGGCUAUCAGUUCCAGGUCCUUCAUAUAACAUAAGAAACCCCACAGCAGGUCACAUUCCCUCAAAAAACCUAGGAAACGGAAUAGAAACUGAUAGUCCUGGAGCACAUUCCCAAGGCACUGUCUUAGUUAAUUCCAUCCCAUCAAGAAUAACAACUGUUAUGAUGACCCUGCAAAGCAAUUGGCACACAGCCCUUUCCACAUCAAUGCCCGUAUCUAAACCUGCACAUACAGAAACUCAAAGAACUUUCCCCCUAACUUCAAUAGAACAGGAAAUCAACAUGUCUGAAGAUACUAACUUGAUGACAAAACGUAGCUCUGAUCUUUUCACAGUGCCCACUAGGACUUUCACUGGGCUUUCAAGAACAGAAGUCAACAUGCCUGAUAGGACAUCUAUUUCAAGCUCUGGAUCCUUCCCGAAGACAGCAGACAUCUCAAUGGGAAAUACUUCCAAUAUCUCUACUCUUUCCUUCCCAAACAUUGACCACAGUCAAGUAAUUAAUGCUGCAGAAUCAUCCAAGGUCACCAUUCUUUGGAGCACAUCAGUAACUACUGAUGAUACAGGGGACCUCUCUACUGUAACUCAGACAGUUCUGCACCCAGAUUUUAUAACUCAUUCCACCAGUUCUGAGCCACUGUCACAGACAGACUCCCCAGUCCAUGAAGCAACCCUCUCUGUGAAGUCUGUAGAAAUACCUUUGACAACAUCAUCUUUUCUUGCUACUUCCUCAUCAGAAGGACAAAGUCUCACCUCUCUUGCUUAUGGGGUCCCCACAUUCUCCUCUGGGGAAAGAAUUCCAAAGGAAUUGGACUCAAACUUAGAUUCUUUUACGACACCAUUUCCAAGCUGGAGAUACAGUGAGUUAGUCAAUUCAAAGGACACCAGAACCUCACAAACAUCUUACAUUUUGAACAUAACUGAAGCAACCAGUGUGGACAUAACCUCUCCUGGACCCCAGUUCCAAAACACUGCGUCAUCUAAGGCUGUGCUCCCAGAUGGCACUGUCUCUUCCCUUUUGUCAUUGCUAACAAAGACUCCACCUUCUUCUGCUUCCUCUCUACCACCACAGAGCUCAAGCUCUACCUCUUUUCCUGAGACUUCAUUCCACACCUCUGAGUUUCCUAAGACAACCGAUACAUUGAUCAGAAGCUUGAAAACUGGACCAGGUUCACCUCCAAAUUUGAGCAGCACCUCACUUGAAAUAUUGGGCUUACCUGAAGUUACUACUGAUAUAGAAAAUUUUCAUUCUUCCUCAAAAUUCAAAGUAGCCAAUAUGGAGGCUGUCAGUACAGGGCAUGAGCUAAGUUCCUCUGUACUGAUACCCUGGGAAUCAUCCAAGGAUGCCUACACAGUUGGUACCUCUUCCUCCACAUCAUUGCCUGCCUAUUUAGAGACUACAAGAUCUGAUGCUGAACAAUUUUUCCAUUUGACUUCUGGAUUGAGAGAUACUAGCCUGUCUCUACAAACAAGCAUGCCUUCAUCUCCUAUGUCCACUCCCAUUUUGCCAAGUUCUGAGACUGCUGUCACUUCUGCUAGGAAUAUAUCAACUCCAUAUCAGACUCAAUCUUCACAGUUUACUGAAGUUCCAGUAGAAAGAGUCACCAUCUUACAUUCUUCAUCUAUUACUAAGUCUACUGGGGUAACAUCCUUCCCAGAAUCCAAUUUUACUGUGCCCACACCAGAAAGUACUCAUGUUCCAAGAACUGAUAUGCCACCUGCAGAUGAGAUAACUUCAGAUGAAACAACCCUUUCUGCAGCAGAAGAUAUGGCUUCAUUUGCCACAACCAGCAUUCCAAAAGGCAGUUCACUUGUGACUUCUAACAGUCCUCAUUCAAUAACAAAGUCAAGCCAUCGUGAUGAUUUGGUGACCACCACUGUAAAAGAAUUACCUUCUUCAACUUCUACAUCACUGCCCUUUCCUGUUUCCAGUAGCUCUGACUUUCCAGCCAGCCCAGCUCUGCACAAGACUACUCCUUCAGAAACAGAAGAUGGCAUGCAGUCCCAGACGGAGACCCCUGAUGGAGCUGCCUAUGGAGACACCCCAGGCCUAGUAAAGAGCCCUUUGGCUUCUAUAUCACCUGCUAGCCCUAAAGAACUAUCCACAGAAGGGGCGGUAAAUGCAGAGACCACUGAUAGAGCUCUGGAGGCUAGACCCAUUGUCAAUUCAACCACCAAAAUCUCUACAACUUCAAGAACCCUGACUCACCUCAAGACACCAGAGACAACAGGCAACAUAAAUACAACAGAGAUGACUAUCACAGCCUCAGAUGCCUCCCGCAAUGUCCUAGGGAUGACAGCAUCACUUUCUACAGGCUCUAGGGAAAAGACCAGCAUGUUCCUCAGGACAAGACCAUCUUCUUACAGUAGAGAACCAGAAAGCACAGCCUCGAGGAGACCCAGUCUUAGGACAGAGAUCAGCCAAGCUAGUCGUACCUUAACUGGCUCCUCUGGUGACUCUGGUACAGUCUCAUGGGUCGCCUAUCCUUUGGAGAUGACGUCAGCUGCUGCCAAGAUGACUUUGAGUGCUUCUCAAGGUGACUCAGAUUCCACAGUGUCCACAGCCACCAUUUCCAGAGGAGAAGUCAAUUCAGCUUUUCCACAGUUAACUGUUUUCUCUACAGUACCAGAUUUGCCGACCUCACUGAUUAGUGGUCCUGAAGAAAGCACUGGUAUGUUUAUUCCAACUCUUACUGAUUCCCCAAGGGAACCAAAGACAAUAGCUUCUGGGGUCACCCAUCCUGGAACAGAGGUGAGUUAUUCUGUUGCCAGCAUUUUUCCUACUGACACAUCAGGAAUGGCAACCUCAUUGGAUAUUAGUACAGGAGUAGAAACCAAGCCAGCUCUCCAAAGUCUCACAGUUGCACCUAGUGAGUCACAUACAAUAUUCCCAAGGGACACACAUCUUACACAGAGCAGAAUCCUUGUUUCUGAAAAUAUUCUCGACAUUUCCUAUGGUGAAUCUGAUACUACCACACUCUCAAUGAAUACUGCUCGUGGGCCAGAAGUUAUGCUAGCCUUUCCAACCACUACUACAUCACCUGUUAUAGCAGGAUUGGCAACCUCACUGGUCGUUAGUUCUCAGACACAGAAAAAAGAUAGUACAUCCACUAUGACUCCUGCUGAGGAACCAGAGUCCAUUGGCACACUUGUCACUCAUCCCAAAGCAUCUGGAACUACAGCUAUUCUAAAUACAAGUAAUUCAGCUGCUGUAGCAGGAAAGAUAAUAGAGCCAACUACUUCAACCCUGACUGCUUUUCCAGAUCAACUGUUUAAUACAACCUCUUGGCUCACCCAGACUGGGACAGAAGACACCUCAGAUUUUUCCACUGUGGAGAGUAUAUCCUCUAGUGAGCAAAAUACAACAACAUCAGGGAUCGCCCAUCUUACAGAGACAAAUGUUACUCUUCCUAAGACAGCCCUAACAUUUUCUCAUGGUGGGUCAGAUUUGACACUGUCAACAAUCACAAGUACUGGGAAAGAAGCCAGCUCUGCUCUUCCCACUACAGUUACUUCACCUGGUGUACCACAUACAUCACUGGUCACUAGUUCUAGAGCAGUGACCAGUACAAGUAUUCCAUCUUUGUCUGUUUCUUUUUCUAAACCAGAGACAACGGACUCAUUUAUUACCGAUGCUGGAGCCCAGAUAAGUUUAGCUAUUACAGUUCCAUCUGACUCCCCUACUAUACCAGGAAUGCUGGCCUCACUAAUAACCAGUUCUAGAACAAAAAGCCGUCCAUCUCCAACUUCGACUGUUUCCCCAGGUCAACCAGAGACAACCAUUCCGGGGGCCAUUCGUCUUGAUGCCAAGUCCAGUUCGGCUGUUCCAACUUUGGUUGUUUUACCUGGUGAGCCAGAUAAUACCAUUUCCUUAGUCACUCCUCAUGCAGCGAUCAGUCCUACAGUUCUCAAGACAGCCCCAGAUUUUUCUCAGCAUGGGUUAGAUGUUACACCCUCAGUGGUUUCCAGUCUUGGGACAGAAACAAAUUUAGCUGGCUCAUCUUCUAUUUUUUCACCUGAGGUGAAAGGGGUUCUGACCUCACUGGCUCCUAGUUUUUCAACAGUAACUAGUGAAAGUACUCCAGCUCAGUCUGUUUCUGCUGAUGAGUCGGACACCACAGGAUCAUUGGUCAGCCACCGUAGGCCACAGAUGAGUUCAACCAUUGCAACUCUGACCAUCUCCCCUGAUGUUCCAGAGAUGAUGUCACUGACCACUAGCAGUAAAUUAGAAACAAGUCUAUUUCCAACUCAGAUUACUUUCUCAAGUCAGCCAGAGAUCACUGCUUCAGAAGUCAGCCACCUUGGGGAUAAAGCUAGUUCCAAGAUUCCAUCUGGGACUAGGACUCCCACUGAGCCAGAUGAAGCAACAAGACCAAGUUUUUCCCAUAUGGAUUUAGACACUACACCUCCUGCAUUCACAACUAUUGGUCCAGAAACCAGUUCAUCUGUUCUAACCACAACUAUCUUACCUGUUGUCCCAGAUAUGGUGACUUCGCAGGUCCCUAGUUUUGGUACAGAUUCAAAAACAACUAAAUCAAUUCUGAUGCUUCAUUCUUCUGAACCACAGACUGUAGUUUCCCUGGCAACCAAUGCAGGGGAAGAGUCCAUUUCAGCCAUUUCUACUGCAGCUGUCUCUCUAGGUGUAAAAGAAGUUAUAACAUCACUGGUCUCUAGUUCUGGGGCAGAGACACAUGCAUUCACUCCAAUCCAAACUGCUUCCCCAGCUGAUCCAGACACUAUAACCUCAUGGGUCACCUACUCUGGCAGAGAAGGUACUUCAGAUAUUUUGACUCUAUCUACUUUACCUGGUGGGACAGGUGAAACAAAAUCAUGGGAUACUCAUUCUUCAGAAACUAACCUGACAGUCCUCAUGACAACUCCAGAUAUUUCCCACACUGCAGCAGAUAGUUUACCCUCAAUGCCCACCAGUUCUGAGACAGAAGCCAGAUCAGAUUCUUCAACUUCUGUUUUUUCACCUAAUGUAUCAAAAGUACUGAGUUUACCUGUCACUACUUUUAGGACAGUCACCAGCACCAAUAUUCCAACUUUGACUCUUUCUUCUAAUGAACCAGAGACAGGAGUCUCAAUGUCCACUCAUACUGUGGUACAAAAAACUUCAUCCCUUCCAACUAUGACAGAUUCCUCUGGUGUACUUGGGAUACUGACUUCACUAGUUCCUAGUUCUGAGAUGUACACCAGUACAUUUUCCCCAGAAAUAAUGAGUUAUUCACAAAUACUGGAGAAAACAGCAUCACAAGUAACACUUUCUAAAAUGUCAGAAGAUAGUUCUUCUGUUGAAACGCUUACUGCUUCACCAGGUGAAGCAGGCACAUCAGCCCCAUUUGUUAUCAAUCCUGAAGAGACCAGCACAAAGGUUCCCAGGUCAAGCCCAAGUUUUUCCCAUACUGAAUCUUAUACCACACCCUCAACAGCCACCACAGUUGAACAGGAAGCCGGAUCAUCUUCUCCAAGUACUCCAACUAUAGCUAUCUCAUCUAAUAGUCCAGAUAUGAUAACCUUAGAAGGCCACAGGUCUGAGGAAGAUGCAGAGACAUCCAAACCAAUUCUGACUCUUCAACCUUAUGAACCACAUACCAAGAUGUCUCUGAUUUCUCAUGCUGGGGAAAAGAUUAGUUCACCCAUGUCUACUAGUGUUGUCUCUCCAGGUAUAACAGAAAUGAUAAGACCACUAUUCACUAGCUCUGAGACAGGCAGCCAUAAAAGAUAUCAGACUAUUUCUUCAGGUCAACCAGAGGCUACAACCUCAUGGAUUAUGAAUCCUGAAACAGAAGCCACUGCAAGGGUGCUAACUACAGUCAUCUCACCCAAUGUUCUAGAGAUACUGACCUCAAAAUCUGUGAACCAAACUCCGAAGCAACAGACUAUAGUUUCAUUGUUAACCAAUGCUGAAAAAGAGCCCAAUUCAACCAUAUCUACUCCGGCUGUCUCUCCAGAUAUAACAGAAAUGACUACAUCACUGCUCACUGCCAAAGGUACAGAAAGUCAUGUGACAACUCAAACUCUAACUUUUCCCCCAAGACUACCAAAUACAACAAUACCUUGGAUUAACAGCCCUGAAAAAGAAGCCAGUUCAGGUGCUCGAAAUACAAACUUAACAUCUAGUGUUACAGACAUGAUGUCUUCAACAAUCCUGAGCCACACUACUUCUGAAUCACAGAAGAUAGCAACAUUGGCAACUCCUGCUGGGCAACAACAAAGUUUGGCCAUGACUAGUAUAACAGAAGUGAUAUCCCUGGUCAAUAGCUCAGGCACAGAAAGCCAUGCAGUGACUUCAAAUACAGACUUAACCCUAAUACAACCAGAGGUUACAAAAGUAGGGAUAACAGAUCAUGGAAUACAAGGCACUUCAGGGGUUCUAUUUAAGACCAUCUCACCUACCAUGCCAGAAAUGAUGACCUCAUCAACUCUUAUUCCUUCUGAAACAUAUACUACAAUUUCAUUGGUUACCAACAUUGGGGAACAACCAAGCUCAGCCAUGUCUACAAGGCCUGUGUCUUCAGGUAUAACUGAAAUUAUGCCAUCACUCAUCAAUACCUCUAGCACAAAAAACUCUUUAUUGCAUUCAACUCUCUAUGUUUCCUCAAGUGAACCAGAGACCACAAACCCAAGACUUGUCCACGCUGCAAAAGAACUUGUUACUUCUGGAGUUCUAUCUAGAACCAUCUCACAUAGCGUAACAGGAAUGAUCACCUCACCAACUCUUCCUCCUUCUGAACCACAUAGCACAGUUUCAUUGAACACCCAGAUUGAGGAACAGCCCAGUUCAGUCAUGUCUGUAAGGCCUGUUCCUCUACAUAUAGUAGAAACAAUACCAUCAUUUGCGACUAGCUCAAGCACAGAAAGCCAUUCCGUCACUUCAGCUCUUGGUAUUUCCACAGAUCAACCAGGGACCACUGCCUCAUGGGUCACCCAUGCUGGUAAAGAAGAUACUUCAGGGGUUCUAAGAACAAUGGCCUCACCUACUGUUCCAGGCAUGAUGACCUCAACAACUCUGAUCCACACUCCUCCUGAACUGCAGACCAUAACAUCAUUGGUCACUCAUACUGCUGAACAUCUCAGUUCAUCCAUGUCUACUCAGGUUGUCUCUCAGAGCGGAAUGGAUGUGUUGAUGUCACAUGCCAGCACAGAGGUACAUGAAACCAGUCCAGCUCUACUACUUGUUUCUCCAAGUCAAAGAGAGACCACAGCCUCAUGGGCAACUCAUGUUGAAAGAGAAGACACUUCAGGUGUUCUAUCUACCACCGUUUCAACUACUGGUCCAGACCUUGCUACUUCAACAUCUCCUCUUUCUUCUGAACAACAUUCAACAGUUUCUCUCAUCACCAACAUUGAUGAACAGCCCAGUUCAGCCUUCCCUACCCUAGAUGUCUCUGCAGGUGUAACAGAAAUGAUGCCAUCACUGGUCACUAGCUCUAUGACAAACAACAGUCCAACAACUACAAUGCUAACAGUAUCCACAGAUCAAACAGAAACCACAGGUUCAUGGGCCUCCCAUUCUGUAAAGGCAGUAGGUUCAGAUGUUCUAACUACAAAUAUGUCAGGUAUUGUUUCAGAGAACGUAAGCUCAAUAAGUCCAACCUACAUUCCUUCUGAAACACAGACCACAGUCUCAAUGGUUACUCACACUGAGGCACAACCAAGUUUAUCCAUGUCCACUCAGACUGUCUCUCCAGAAGCAACAGCAAUGAUGACAUCUCAGGCCACUACUACUGGCUCAAAAACCCAUGAAACCAUUUCAUCCCUACUUGUUUCUCCAGGUCAAAGAGGAACCACAACCACAUGGGUGACUCAUGCUGAAAGAGAAGACAGUUCAGGUGUUUUGACUACCACUGUUUCAACUACUGGUCCAGACCUUGUUACUUCAACAUCUCCUAUUGCUUCUGAACAACAUUCAACAGUUUCUUUUGUCACCCACAUUGGUGAACAGCCAGGUUCAACCAUUCCUCCCCUGGCUGUCUCUCCAAGUGUAACAGAAAUGCUAUCAUCACUAGGCACUAGCUCCAGCAUUAGUUCUGCACUAGCUGCAACUCUGGCAGUUUCCACAGAUAAAGCAGGGAAUACAGGCCCAUGGGUCACCCCUCCUGGAAAAGAGGACUCCUCAGGGGAUCUCUCUACAGCCAUCUCACCUGAUAUUCCAAUCACGAUGACCUCAACAAAUCUGAUCCACACUCCUCCUGAACCACAGACUAUGGCAUCAUUGGUCACACAUCCUGGUAGACAUCCCAGUCCAUCCUUGUCUAAUCCAACUGUCUCUUCAGGUGUAACAGAAAUGAUGCCAUCACUUGUCACUGGCUCAAGCAUAGGAGGCCAUGUGAUGACUUCAACUCUGGAUGUUUCCACAGGUCUGCCUGAGAUCACAGCCCCAUUGACCACCCAUCCUGAAAGAGAAGCCAUAUCAGGGGUUCCUACUACUCCCAUUUCAACUGGUAUCCCAGCAAUAUUGACCUCAACUACUCUCAUUCCUUCUGAAUCACAUACCACAAUUUCAUUGGUCACCCCUAUAGAACAACAGCCCAGUGCAACUGUGUCUACAAGUCCUGUCUCUCUGGGUAUUACAGAAAUGAUACCAUCACUGGUCACUAACUUGAGCACAGAGAACAAUUCCAUGACUUCAACUAUGAAUGUUUCACCAGAUCAACCAGGGACCAUAGCCCCAUGGGUCACCCAUCCUGGAAAAGAAGGUACUUCAGGUGUUCUAUCUUCAACCAUCUCACAUAGCAUACCAGAAAUGAGGACAACAACAAAUCUUAUUUCUGCUGAACUAAACACCAUAGUGUCAUUGGUCACACAUAUUGGUGAACAGCAUAGUUCAGACAUAGCUACAAGGCCUAUCUCUCCAGAUAUAACUGAAACAAUACCAUCAUUUGCCACUAGCUCAAGCACAGAAAGCCAUUCUGUCACUUUAACUCUUGGUAUUUCCACAGACCAACCAAGGACCAUAUCCCCAAGAGUCACACUUGCUGGUAAAGAAGAUACUUCAGGGGUUCUAAGAACAAUGGCCUCACCUACUGUUCCAGGCAUGAUGACCUCAACAACUCUGAAACACACUCCUCCUGAACUGCAGACCAUAACAUCAUUGGUCACUCAUACUGCUGAACAUCUCAGUUCAUCCAUGUCUACUCAAGUUGUCUCUCAGAGCGGAAUGGAUGUGUUGAUGUCACAUGCCAGCACAGAGGUACAUGAAACCAGUCCAGCUCUACUACUUGUUUCUCCAAGUCAAAGAGAGACCACAGCCUCAUGGGCAACUCAUGUUGAAAGAGAAGACACUUCAGGUGUUCUAUCUACCACCAUUUCAACUACUGGUCCAGACCUUGCUACUUCAACAUCUCCUCUUUCUUCUGAACAACAUUCAACAGUUUCUCUCAUCACCAACAUUGAUGAACAGCCCAGUUCAGCCUUCCCUACCCUAGAUGUCUCUGCAGGUGUAACAGAAAUGAUGCCAUCACUGGUCACUAGCUCUAUGACAAACAACAGUCCAACAACUACAAUGCUAACAGUAUCCACAGAUCAAACAGAAACCACAGGUUCAUGGGCCUCCCAUUCUGUAAAGGCAGUAGGUUCAGAUGUUCUAACUACAAAUAUGUCAGGUAUUGUUUCAGAGAACGUAAGCUCAAUAAGUCCAACCUACAUUCCUUCUGAAACACAAACCACAGUCUCAAUGGUUACUCAUGCUGAGGCACAACCAAGUUUAUCCAUGUCCACUCAGACUGUCUCUCCAGAAGCAACAGCAAUGAUGACAUCUCAGGCCACUACUACUGGCUCAAAAACCCAUGAAACCAUUUCAUCCCUACUUGUUUCUCCAGGUCAAAGAGAAACCACAACCACAUGGGUGACUCAUGCUGAAAGAGAAGACAGUUCAGGUGUUUUGACUACCACUGUUUCAACUACUGGUCCAGACCUUGUUACUUCAACAUCUCCUAUUGCUUCUGAACAACAUUCAACAGUUUCUUUUGUCACCCACAUUGGUGAACAGCCCAGUUCAGCCAUUCCUCCCCUGGCUGUCUCUCCAAGUGUAACAGAAAUGCUAUCAUCACUGGGCACUAGCUCCAGCACUAGCUCUGCACUAGCUACAACUCUGGCAGUUUCCACAGAUAAAGCAGGGAAUACAGGCCCAUGGGUCACCCCUCCUGGAAAAGAGGACUCCUCAGGGGAUCUCUCUACAGCCAUCUCACCUGAUAAUCCAAUCUCGAUGACCUCAACAAAUCUGAUCCACACUCCUCCUGAACCACAGACUAUGGCAUCAUUGGUCACACAUCCUGGUAGACAUCCCAGUCCAUCCUUGUCUAAUCCAACUGUCUCUUCAGGUGUAACAGAAAUGAUGCCAUCACUUGUCACUGGCUCAAGCAUAGGAGGCCAUGUGAUGACUUCAACUCUGGAUGUUUCCACAGGUCUGCCUGAGAUCACAGCCCCAUUGACCACCCAUCCUGAAAGAGAAGCCAUAUCAGGGGUUCCUACUAUUCCCAUUUCAACUGGUAUCCCAGCAAUGUUGACCUCAACUACUCUCAUUCCUUCUGAAUCACAUACCACAAUUUCAUUGGUCACCCCUAUAGAACAACAGCCCAGUGCAACUGUGUCUACAAGUCCUGUCUCUCUGGGUAUUACAGAAAUGAUACCAUCACUGGUCACUAACUUGAGCACAGAGAACAAUUCCAUGACUUCAACUAUGGCUGUUUCACCAGAUCAACCAGGGACCACAUCCCCAUGGGUCACUGACCCUGGAAAAGAAAAUACUUCAGGGGUUCUAAGAACAAUGGCCUCACCUACUGUUCCAGGCAUGAUGACCUCAACAACUCUGAAACACACUCCUCCUAAACUGCAGACCAUAACAUCAUUGAUCACUCAUACUGCUGAACAUCUCAGUUCAUCCAUGUCCACUCAGGUUGUCUCUCAGAGUGGAAUAGAUAUGAUGAUGUCACAUGCCAGGACAGAGGUACAUGAAACCAGUCCAGCUCUACUUGUUUCUCCAGGUCAAAGAAAAACAACAGUCUCAUGCGUGACUCAUGUUGAAAGAGAAGACAGUUCAGGUGUUUUGACUACCACUGUUUCAACUACUGGUCCAGACCUUGUUACUUCAACAUCUCCUAUUGCUUCUGAACAACAUUCAACAGUUUCUUUUGUCACCCACAUUGGUGAACAGCCCAGUUCAGCCAUUCCUCCCCUGGCUGUCUCUCCAAGUGUAACAGAAAUGCUAUCAUCACUGGGCACUAGCUCCAGCACUAGCUCUGCACUAGCUACAACUCUGGCAGUUUCCACAGAUAAAGCAGGGAAUACAGGCCCAUGGGUCACCCCUCCUGGAAAAGAGGACUCCUCAGGGGAUCUCUCUACAGCCACCUCACCUGAUAAUCCAAUCUCGAUGACCUCAACAAAUCUGAUCCACACUCCUCCUGAACCACAGACUAUGGCAUCAUUGGUCACACAUCCUGGUAGACAUCCCAGUCCAUCCUUGUCUAAUCCAACUGUCUCUUCAGGUAUAACAGAAAUGAUGCCAUCACUUGUCACUGGCUCAAGCAUAGGAGGCCAUGUGAUGACUUCAACUCUGGAUGUUUCCACAGGUCUGCCUGAGAUCACAGCCCCAUUGACCACCCAUCCUGAAAGAGAAGCCAUAUCAGGGGUUCCUACUACUCCCAUUUCAACUGGUAUCCCAGCAAUGUUGACCUCAACUACUCUCAUUCCUUCUGAAUCACAUACCACAAUUUCAUUGGUCACCCCUAUAGAACAACAGCCCAGUGCAACUGUGUCUACAAGUCCUGUCUCUCUGGGUAUUACAGAAAUGAUACCAUCACUGGUCACUAACUUGAGCACAGAGAACGAUUCCAUGACUUCAACUAUGGCUGUUUCACCAGAUCAACCAGUGACCAUAGCCCCAUGGGUCACCCAUUCUGGAAAAGAAGGCACCUCAGAAGAUCUAUCUACAACCAUCUCACCUGGUGUUCCAGACACAAUGACCUCAACAACUCUGAUCCACACUCCUCCUGAACCACAGACCACAUCCUCAUUGGUCACACAUGCUGGUGGACAUCCCAAUUUAUCCAUGUCUGCUCAGACUGUCUUUUCAGGUGUAAGAGAAUUGAUGACAUCUAUGGCCACUACUUCUGGGACAGAGACACAUGAAACCAGUUCAUCUCCACUUUUUUUCCCAGUUCAAACAAAUACCACAAUCUCAUGGGUAACUCAUGCUGAAAGAGAAGACACUUCAAGUAUUCCAACCACCACUCUUUCAGCUAGUGUUCCAGACCUUGUUACUUCCACAACUCUUGUUCCUUAUGAAUCACAUUCCACAGUUUCCUCUGUCACCCAAAUUGGAGAACAGCCUAGUUCAGCCAUGUCUAGUCUGGCUGGCUCCCCAGGUGAUACAAAAUUGAUCCCGUCACUGGUCACUAGCUCCAGCUCUGUACCAUCUACAACUCUGGCACUUUCCACAGAUAAACCAGAGACCAUAGCCUUAUGGAUCACCCCUCCUGGAACAGAAGGCUCUUCAGAGAAUCUGUCUACAAACAUCUCACCUGGUAUUCCAGACAUGAUGACCUCAACACCUUUGGUCAACACUCCUUCUGAACCAGUGACCAUGACAUCACUGGUCACCCAUCCUGAUGGACAUCCCAGUUCAUCCUUGUCUAUUCAGGCUGUAUCUUAUGAUGCAACAGAAAUGACACAGUCACUAGUCACCAGUGUGGGCACAGGAAGUUAUGUAAUGGUCACCCAUACUGAAAGAGAAGGCACAUCAGGAGUUCCAAGUACUACUAUUUCAGCCAAUGUCCCAGAAAUGACUUCCACAACAACUCUUUUUCCUUCUGAACCACUAACUGGAAUUUCAUUUGUCACCUCUGCUGAGGGUCAGACCAGUUUAAAUUUGUCUGCCAUGGCUGUCUCUCCAAGUAUAACAGAAAUGGCAUCACAAGCCAAUAUUUGGGGGACAGAGACAGAAGAGACCCCUCCAGUUCGAUUUGUUUCCCCAGGUGAAAGAGAAACCACAGCCUCAUGGGUGACUCAUAUUGAAAGAGUACCCACCUCAGGUUCUCCAACCUCCACUAUUUCAACUAUUUUCCCAAAUUUGGUUACCUCACCAACUCUUCUUUCUUCUGAACCACAUACUACAGUUUCAUUCAUUACCCUCACUGAGGAACAACAGACAACUCAGACUGUCUCUCCAGAUGUAACAGAAAUGAUACCAUCAAUAGUCACUCUCUCAGGCAAAAAUAGCCAUUCAACAUCUUCAACUCUGGCAGAUUCCCUAGGUGAAGAAGAAGCCACAACCCAUCCUGGAAACAAAGACACUUCAGUGGUUCUAACUACAGCCAUCUCACUUAGUGGUCCAGACAUAAUGACCUCAGCAAUUCUGAACCACACUCCUGAAACACAGAGCAUAACAUCAUUGGUUGCCCAUGUUGGAGGACAGCCCAGUUUAUCCAUGUCUUCUCAGAGUGUCUCUCCAGGUAUAACAGAAGUGACGCCAUCACUGUUCAUUAACUUGGGCACAGAAAGCUCUGCAAUGCCUACAACAGUGGCUGUUUCCCCAGGUCAACCUGAGACCAUAGUCCCAUGGGUUACCCAUCCUGGAGUAGAAGACACUUCAGGGGUUCUCUCUACAACCAUCUCACCUAAUGGACCAGAAAUGAUGACAUCAUCAACUCUUAUUCCUUCUGAAUCACAUACCACAGUUUCACUUGUCACCCACUUUCGAGAACAGUCCAGUUCAACCAUGUCUACAAAAUCUGUAUCUCCAGGUAUAACUGAAAUGAUAUCAUCACAGGUCACGAGUUCUGGAACUGAAAACCAUCCAGUCACUUCAAGUAUGUCUGUUUCCUCAGGUCAAACAGAGUCUACAGCUCCAUGGGUCACCCAUCCUUGGAAAGAAGAAACUUCAGGAGUUCUAACUUCAACCAUCUCAUCUCAUGUUCCUGCAAUGCUGACCUUAACAGCUGUGAACCACAUUACUUCUGAACCACAGACUGGAACAUUGGUCACCCAUGCUGGGCGUCAGCCCAGUUUAUCCAUGUCUACUGUUGCUGUCUCUCCCCAUGUAACAGAAAUGAUACCAUCACUGGGCACUAGCUCCGGUGUGCCAGAAAUGAUGACCUCGCCAAACCUUGUUUCUUCUGAAGCACAUACCACAAUUUCUUUGGUCACUGAUGUUGGGGGACAGCCCAGUUCAACCAUGUCUACAAAGUCUAUCUCUCCCCAUGUAACAGAAACAAUAUCACCACUCAUCACUAGUUCUCACAUGGAAAUGCAUUCAGUGUCUUCCACUCUGGCUGCUUUUCCAGGUCAACCAGAAACCCCAAACUCAUGGCUCACCACUCCUAUAACAGAAGCCCCUUUGACUAUUCUAAGGACAUCCAUGUCUCCCAGUGUUCCAGACAUGGUGUCCUCAUCAACUCUUAUUCCUUCUGAACCACAUACCACAAUGUCCUUGAUCACCCAUGUUGAGGGACAGCCCAGUUCAGCCAUGCCUACAAGACCUGUCCCUCCAGAAAUGAUUACCCCAACAACUCUUAUUCCUUCUAAACCACAUAACACUAUUUCAGGUGUAGCAGAAAUGAUGACAUCACUGGUCACUACUUCUGAGACAAAGAUAUAUACAGCUACUCCAGUUUUGACUGCUUCCUCAAGUCAAACAGAGAAUACAGCCUCCUUGGUCAUGCUUACUGGGAAAGAAGCAACUUCAAUAAUUUCUACUCUGUCUACUUUACCUGGUGAGCCAAAAAGAACUGAAACAUGGCUCAUUCCUUCUGCCAAGCCCAGCACAUCACUUUCCACAGCAACUCUCAAAUUUUCUUCUAGUGCAUCAGACAUCACACCCUCAGAUUCUGGGUCAGAGACCACUUCAGUCAUUCCAACAACUCUUUCAUCUGGUGUACCGUAUAUGACCACUCCACUAACUGCUGGUUCUACAACAGACAAUAGUAAGAUUUUUCUUACACUAAAUACACUGAUGCAUGAGCCAACAUCAGCAGUCUCCCUGGUCUCUCAUUCUGCCUUAACCCAACAAACUUCCAGUUCUUCUGAUAGUGGUUUAGAUGUUACACUCUCAAUAAUCAAUCAUCCUGGAACUGAAACCAGUUCAUCUGUGCCAACAAUGACUCCCUCUCCUGGGGCAGCAGGUGUUGAGAUCUCACAGUUCUCUAGUUCUGGUCCAUCAACCAGUACAUUUCCAAAUACAGUUCUGUCUCCUAGUGAACCAAAAAGCACAGACUCAUUACCCACCUUCCUCAGUACAGAGACUAACACAUUUCCUGUUUCAACUAGUUUUCUUCCUUCAUUGGAGACCACAGCCUCAGUGCCCAUUGCAUCUGGGGUAGAUGUUAGUACAACUCUCUUAACUCAGACUGUUUCUCCUGGUGUACCAGGGAUGACAGAUUUUCUCUUGAACUCCUCUGUGACUGAGGUGAGCAAAAGUGACCUGGGUACAACAUUUUCAUAUGGUGCUUCUGAAGAAACAGCCUCUGUCCCCAUCCACUCUGGGACUGAGACCAGCCCAACCAUUCUAAGUGUAACUCCUUCCCCUAUUAUAACAGGAACCACAGGCUUAUGGGCUUCCAUCACUUCUCCAGAAUCCACUCUGACUAUGUCCCCUAGUAUGUCUGGGUUUCCCGGUGCUCCUACAACUAGUAAAUCUAGCAGUGCCACUUUACAGAGCAUAGAAACUUCAGCAUCUGUCACUACAGUUAGACUAUCUGAUCUUGUCACUGAUGUCACAAGCCCCAUAAUUACCUUGAAACCAUCAGAGUCCUCAACAAGCCCAAUCACUGACCUGGAAACUACAAGUGAGACUUCUCAUUUAGCUACCACAAGUUCAAGACCCAAUAGGAAUAAUACCACAACUACACAACAUGGACUGAGCACAUCUGGAAUGUCCACAUGGUUCUCUGAGAAUGUGACUUCAAGACCAACUACAAGUAUUUAUCCAGAAUUGGUGCCAUUCACUUUCAACUUGACAAUCACCAACCUGCCUUAUACCACAGAAAUGGGGUACCCAGACUCUUUACACAUCAAGAAAACAGAGAAGGUUUUGAACUACCUGUUCCAGUCAUUGUUCAAGAAUACCAGCCUUGGUUCUAGCUACUCUGGAUGCAUAGUGUCUCUGAUCAGGUCAGAACAGCAUGGAGCAGCCACUGGAGUGGAUAGCAUUUGCACCUACCAUCAUGAUCCCAUGAGUCCUCCUCUGAACAGAAAGCAGUUGUAUCAAGAAGUGACCCAGCUGACCAAUGGUAUCACCAGACUGGGUCCCUACAUCCUGGACAGAGACAGUCUCUAUGUCAAUGGUUAUAACCGUCGGUACUGGACCCCUCUCACAAACAGUACAAGUCCAUCUCUGGAACUCUUCACCCUUAACUUCACUAUAACCAAUCUGCACCAUACAGAGGGCAUGAGAUACCAAGGAUCGAAAAUAUUCAACAGCACAGAGAGGAUCUUGAAUCGAUUGCUCAAGCCCCUGUUCAAGAACACCAGUAUUGGGUCCCUUUAUUCUGGUUGCAGACUGGCCUUACUGAGGCCUGAGAGAGAUAGAACAGCCACUGGAGUGGAUGCUGUCUGCACUUACCAUUCUGAUCCCAUGGGCCGUAAGCUGGACAGAGAGAAGCUGUACUGGGAAUUGAGCCAUAAUACCCAGGGUGUUACCAAGCUAGGAUCCUUCACUUUAGAAAAGGACAGUCUGUACAUCAAUGAUUUUACCCAUCGAACCUCUGCUCCCACUUCCAACACUCCUGUGACGUCGUCUCGGUCUUUCACAGGAACCUCUACUGCACAACCUAACCUCUCCACAGUGGCUACUCCUGUUUUUGCACAGUUCACGCUCAACUUCACCAUCACUAACCUGGAGUUCAAGGAAGACAUGCUAUACCAUGGCUCCAAGAAUUUCAACACUCUGGAGAGAGUCCUCCAGUACCUGCUCAAAUCCCUGUUCAAGACCAGCAGUCUGGGAUCACUCUACGAAGGCUGCACACUGGUGUCACUCAGGUCUAAGAAAGACAAAACGGCCACCACAGUGGAUGCCAUCUGCACAUAUCACCCUGACCCCAAAGGCCACAGAUUGGACAGGGAGCAGCUAUACUGGGAGCUGAAUGGGUUAACUCAUGGUGUCACCAGACUGGAUCCCUACACCCUGGAUAGGGACAGCCUCUACGUUAAUGGUUUCACCCAUCAGAGCUCUGCACUUAUCAACAGCACUCCUGGAACUACUGCAGCAAACCUUGGAACUUCUGGAGAACACUCCUUCCCCAGAACCACAGCCAUGACCCAUUCCCUGGUGCCCUUUACCCUCAACUUCACCAUCACAAAUCUACAAUACACACCAGCUAUGAAACACCCAGGAUCCUUAAAGUUCAACAAAACAGAGAAGGUCCUGCAGUACCUGCUCACUGCUGUGUUCAAGAAUACCACGAUUGGUCCAUUGUACUCUGGGUGCCAACUGAUCUUGCUCACACCUGAAAAGGAUGGAUCAGCCACUGGAGUGAACAUGGUCUGUACCCAUCAAUCUGAGCCCACGGGCAUGGGGCUGGACCCAAAGCAGCUGUACUGGGAGCUGAGCCGUGAGACCCAUGGCAUCACCCAGCUGGACUUCAUAACACUAGACAAGAACAGCCUUUAUGUCAAUGGUGAGUCGCAUCGAGCAACUGAUGCUCCAAGUUCAAGUUCAGAAAAAAACAAUUGUCUUAGUGUGUGUCUUUCCUCCACCCCCUCUGCAGCAGCAGCCCCUGUCCUGGUGCAUUUUACUAUCAACUUCACCAUCACUAACUUGGCAUUUGAGGAGGACAUGAGUCGCACUGGAUCCAGGAAGUUCAAUAUCACUGAGAGAAUCCUGCAGAGCCUGCUGAGGCCCUUGUUCCAAAAAUCCAGUGUUGGUCCCAUGUAUUCUGGCUGUGUCCUGGCCUCUCUCAGAUCUGAAAAUGACGGUGCAAGCACAGGAGUGGAUGCAGUCUGCACUCACCACCUCGACCCCACUGGCCUGGGACUGGACAGAAAGAUAGUGUAUUGGGAGCUCAGCAGGCUGACCUAUGGUGUCAGCAGGCUGGGCCAUUAUACUCUGGACCAGAACAGUCUCUAUGUCAAUGGUUACACACAUCAAAACCUGGCUACCACCACCAAGAUCUCCGUGAUGACCACGGCUUCUACAGCGUUGACUGCCAGCUCUCCCAGUCAUACAGCAGGCCCUGUUCCAUUGCCUUUUACCGUCAACUUCACUGUCACUAAUCUGGAGUAUGUGGAUGAUAUGGGUCACCCAGGAUCUAGGAAGUUCAAUGUCACUGAGAGACUUCUGCAGAGCCUGCUUAGAGCACUGUUUAGUAAAACCAGUGUCGGUCCCCUGUACUCUGGAUGCAGACUAACAAUGCUCAGGCCUGAGAACAAUGGAACAGCCACAGGGGUAGAUGCCAUCUGCACCUACCAGCCCAACACCCCUAAUAGAGGGCUGGACAGAAAGCAUCUGUACUGGGAGCUGAGAAGACUAAACAAAGGCAUCAUGAAGCUAGGGCCAUACACCUUGGACAAGAACAGUCUCUAUGUCAAUGGUUAUACGCAGCUGACUCUGGCCACCACCCACAGGACAUUAGUGAUGGCUACUGUUUCUGAAGGAAUGCCAAACACUUCUUCGGCACCCACAGCUGCAGGUCCUGUCCUGAUGCCUUUCAGCAUCAACUUCACCAUCAUUAACCUGGAGUUUGAGGAGGAAAUGGGUCACCCUGGAUCCAGGAAGUUCAAUAUCAUGGAUAGAACCCUGCAGAGCCUGCUCAGGCCCUUGUUCAAUAAAACCAGUGUUGGUCCAUUGCAUUCUGGCUGCAGGCUAACCUUGCUCAGGUCUGAGAAAAAUGGAAGUGCCACAGGGGUGGAUGCCACCUGCACCCACCGCCUAGACCCUGCUAGCCACAGGCUGGAAAAUGAGCAGAUAUAUGGGGAGCUGAGCAGUCUGACUCAGGGUGUCACCCAACUGGGCCCCUACAUCCUGGACAAGAACAGUCUCUAUGUCAAUGGUUACACACACCAUAUCCUGGCUACCACCCCCAGAACCUCAAGCUCUGCUCCAGUGCUGUGCACUCUUAACUUCACUAUCUCCAACCUGCCGUACACGGAGGAUAUGUGGGGCCCAGGGUAUGCCAAGUUCAACAAAGUGGAGAAAGUCCUGCAGCUUCUGCUCAAACCUUUAUUCCAAAAUACCAGUGUUGGCCUACUGUAUUCUGGUUGCAGACUGACCUCACUCAGUCCCAGGAAGAAUGGAAAAGCCACUGGAGUGGACACGGUUUGUACCUAUCACCCUGAUCACACAGGUCAUGGCCCGGCUAGAGAGCAACUGUACUUGGAGCUGAGCAAGCUAACCUAUGGUGUCACUCAGCUGGGCCCCUACACUCUGGAUCGGGACAGUCUCUACGUUAAUGGUUACACCCAUCCACCCUCAGCACCUGUGACUACCACAUCCUCCCCAGCUUCCUCUCUGGCUCCAUUCUCUACAACUAAUUCCACAGGCAUUGGUACUAUCACGGUACCCAUUACUGUCAACUUCACCAUCACCAACUUACACUACACAGAGGAGAUGGGACAUCCAGGUUCCUUGAAGUUCAACUCCACCAAAUGGAUCUUACAUUAUUUGCUUGACACCUUGCUCAAUAAGACCAUCAUUGCCACACACUACUCUGGAUGCAGACUGGCUUCACUCAGAUCAGACAACCAUAGAGCAGCUACAGGUGUUGACAUAAUCUGCACCUUCCUCUCUGACUCCAUGAGCCCUGGGUUAGUCCAAGAUCAACUAUUUUGGAAGUUGAGCCAUGAGACACAUGGCAUCACCCGCCUGGGUCCCUAUACCCUGGACCAGAACAGUCUCUACAUUAAUGGUUACCAUUUUGGAACUGCAGCCCCAGCUAACACUUCUGCAGAAGUCAGUGAGAUGUUCACAGUAAACUUCACCAUCAGCAACCUGCGCUACUCUGCCGACAUGGGCCAGAUUGGCUCUCCCAAGUUCAAUAUCACAGAUACACUCAUGCAGCACCUGCUCAGCCCUUUGUUUCAGAGGAGCAGCCUUGGCCCCCUAUAUACAGGCUGUAGAGUAGCCACUCUGAGGUCAGUGAAGAAUGGUGCCCAGACUCAGGUAGAUGCCCUUUGCAUGUACCGCCAGGUUCCCAACAGCCUGGGACUGCCUGCCAAGCCAAUUUUCUAUGACCUAAGCUGGCAGACCCGUGGAAUCACCCGGCUGGGUCCUUACUCCCUGGAUAAAGACAGCCUUUACAUUAAUGGUUACAAUGAAGCUGGUCCAGAUGUACCUCCUACAACUCCAGAACCAGCCACCACCAUCUUGCCCUCCCCGUCGACAUCUCUACAGCCAGAGUCCAAUACAGCUAUGAGGCACCACCUGGAAACCUUCACAAUCAACUUCACCAUCUCUAACCUUCCAUAUUCAGCAGACAUGAUCAGUGGCUCAGCCUUGUUCAACUCCACUGAGCAUGUCCUACAACACCUGCUUGGAUCCUUGUUCCAGAAUAGCUCCUUUAACUCAAGUUGCAGACUGACCUCCCUCAGGCCUGCAAAGAAUGGAACAUUCACAGUGGUAGCUACCACCUGCACCUACCAGCAUGACCCUGCACAUUCUGGAAUGGAUGCACAGCGUCUGUACUCAGAACUGAGUCAUCUGAGCCAUGGAGUCACCCAACUGGGAAACUACACACUGGAGAAGCACAGCCUCUAUGUGAAUGACUACAAUGGACUUGGUCCCGAUAUACUUACUACAGCUCCUGAGCCAAGCACCUCCAUCCUGCCUUUUACAUUGACAUCUGUACAGCCAGAAUCCACCACAGCUGUGGAGUAUCAUCUGAAGACUGUCAUACUCAAUUUCACUAUCUCUAAUCUUCCUUAUUCAGAAGACAUGAACUAUAGCUCAGCCAUGUUCAACUCCACUGAGAGUGUUCUUCAGUUCUUGCUUACACCCUUGUUCCAGAAUAUCUCCUUCAACGCAAGCUGCAGACUGACCUUUCUCAGGCCUGAGAAGAAUCAAAACUCCACUAGUGUAAUUGUCAUUUGUUCCUACCAACAUGAUUCUAUGCAUCCUGGGCUGCACACACAAGAAAUAUAUUCAGAGAUGAGCCAUCUGACCCAUGGAGUCACUCAGCUGGGCAACUACACAUUGGACAAAGAUAGUCUCUAUGUGAAUGGUUACAGUGGAACUAGUACAGAAGAAUCAAUGACAAAUCCUGAAUCAGCAACUACCAUGCUGUCUUCUCCAACAAUACCUGUGCAAACAGAAUCCACCACAGCUGUGGGGCACCACUUGAAAACUGUCUCAGUCAGCUUCACUAUUUCCAACCUCCCAUAUUCAGCAAAUAUGAACAAUGGCUCAGCUGUGUUCAACUCCACUGAGACCCUCCUAAAGAAUCUGAUGGAACCAUUGCUCCAUAAUGGUUCUUUCAACUCAAGUUGCAGACUGGAUUCUCUCAGGCCUGAGAAGAACAGAAUGGCCACUGGUGUAGAUGUCAUCUGCACAUACUUGCAUGAUCUUGCACAUCCUGAGUUGGACACCCAGGGACUGUACUCAGAGCUGAGCAAUCUUACCCAUGGAAUAACGCAGCUGGGCAACUAUACACUGGAUAAAGAAAGUUUACAUGUGAAUGGUUAUAAUGAACCUGGUCCAGAAAAACCUCCUACAACUCGUGUGCCAGCCACCACUACCCUACCAACUCCAUCUGCAUCUCUGCAUCCAGAACCUACCACAGGGCACCAUCUAAAAACCCUCACAAUCAACUUCACCAUAACCAACCUUCCAUAUUCACCAAAUAUGAGCAAUGAUUCAGCUCUGUUCAGCUCAACUGAGAGUUUCCUCCAGUACCUGCUUGGACACGUGUUCCAGAAUGACUCCUUCAACUCCAUUUGCAGACUGGAUUCCCUCCGGCCUAAGAAGAAUGGAACAGCCACUGGUGUGGAUGCCAUCUGUGCUUACAACCAUGACCCUGCACAUCCUGGGAUGGACAUCAAAGAGUUGUACACAGAGCUGAGAAAUCUAACUCAGGGAAUCACCCAGCUGGGUAACUACUCCCUGGACAAGAACAGUCUGUAUGUCAAUGGUUAUAAUGAAAAUGGUCCAGAAGAAACUCCUACAAGUAUGUAUCAGUUUAACACAACCAAGGUUUUAGUUCAUACCUCCUCAUUUCUAAAGGAAAAUCCAACAGCUAUAGGGGACAAUCUAAAAACCCUCACAAUCAACUUCACCAUAACCAACCUUCCAUAUUCAUCAAAUAUGAGCAAUGACUCAGCUCUGUUCAGCUCAACUGAGACUUUCCUCCAGUCCCUGCUUGGACAUGUGUUCCAGAAUGACUCCUUCAACUCCAGUUGCAGACUGGAUUCCCUCCGGCCUAAGAAUAAUGGAACAGCCACUGGUGUGGAUGCUAUCUGUGCCUAUUACCAAGACCCUGCACAUCCUGGGAUGGACAUCAAAGAGUUGUACACAGAGCUGAGAAAUCUAUCUCAGGGAGUCACCCAGCUGGGUAACUACUCCCUGGACAAGGACAGUCUGUAUGUCAAUGGUUAUAAUGAACAUGAUGCAGAAGGACUUCCUACAAGUCCUGAGUCACCCACCACCAUCCUGGCUUCUCCAUUUACAUCUGUGCAGCCAGAACCCACAACAGACAUGAAGCCACCCACUCUUCUGCCAACAGAAAUCCCAACAACCAGUUCCAGCUCUCAACAUUUCAACUUGAACUUCACCAUCACCAACCUACCUUACUCCCAAGACAUAGCUGAGCCAGGCACCACCAAACACCAGCAAAACAAGAGAAGUAUUGAAUAUGCGCUUAAUCAGCUUUUCAGAAACAGCAGCAUCAAGAGUUAUUUUUCUGACUGUCAAGUUUUAGCCUUCAGAUCUGUCUCCAACAGCAACCACACAGGGGUAGAUUCCCUGUGUAACUUCUCACCAUUGGCUCGGCGAGUGGACAGAAUUGCUAUCUAUGAGGAAUUCCUUCGGAUGACACAGAAUGGUACCCAGUUGCUGAAUUUCACACUGGACAGGAAGAGUGUCCUUGUGGAUGGGUAUUCUUCAAACAAGGAUGACAAUGUGAUAAAGAAUUCUGGCCUUCCCUUCUGGGCCAUCAUUCUCAUCUGCUUGGCAGUACUACUGGUAUUCAUCACAUGCCUGAUAUGCUGUUUCCUGGUAACUGUCUGCAGAAGAAAAAAGGAGGGAGACUACCAGGUUCAACGUCACCGCCUAGGUUAUUACCUGCCUCACCUAGACCUGAGGAAGUUCCCGUGACUCCACCUGCCAACAGAACCUUUUCCUUAGCAGGGUCCAAAGAAUAAAUAAAUC